AUGGGGGGCAGGAGGAGUCCACAGGACGACACAGGACACGAGCCAGGUCACGGGGGAAAGGAGGUCACAUUCGCCGACGAUGAAGGCGCUCUGAGCUCGGAUUCCAGCGUGGAGGCUGCCAAUACACAGCCCGCAGCGUCUUCCAUCGACAACGCAACCAUGUCGUCGUCGGCGAUAUCGCAGUCGGGCUAUUCGACUGCCAUGACGUCGGCCAUGACGGACGACGACCGCGGUCCCACCGCCUUGUCGAGUUCCACAGCCACCACGUCGCACGCACAUCCCAGUCUCACGCUCCUCCAACUCGUGUCCAACUCGGCGUCGUCUUCCGCGCUGCCGGACAGUUUCGACUUCAACGUAUCGCGCAAGGGGAAAUACGUCGCCGUGUACUCUGCGUCCAACAUCUGGCUGAUCCAGACGGUGCAGCUGCCGCGACUGUUCGCCCGCACCCUGCAAGUCAAGCGCAAGCCCAUUGCCAUCGACAUCACCGAGGAUGGCUUCUUGCUUGCAGUUCUAUCACGGCCGUCCCAAGUCGAUUUGUACGAGGUCCAUGGCGAGCAGGGCGGGCAAAUCAAGAUGCGAAGAACGGUACAGCUGGUGCACGAGGCCAGCUCUCUUGUUGUUUCGCCCGACGCGCGCAUCCUGAUCACUGGCAACAAGUUCGGCAUCGAGGUCGUUGCUGUCUUUCCAGAUGCGCCUGUGACUGCGAGACGCACGCUUUCUGGCCCUGCAGGCGAUGCGCUGGAAUUUUCAGACGACGGACGCACGCUGCUCAUCACAGGAUAUGCGCGUAAAUCAGACAGCUCUGCCUUGUUUGUUCUACCAGGCCUCUACGACGGUCCACUUGACGAGGAGGGUGCACCGAUCCCGCAGGCCCCAGAAGUUGUCUGGACAGGUUCGGUGCUUUUCCCCGAGACUGCCAGGAUAGCACGCCAGGCCACCCUGCUUCCAGAUGCGGAUACGGGCACGUUCAACGAGUUGUUCGCCUUCAACGCCGAAGAGGACUCAUGGGGCAUCUACGACAUCGCGUGUCAGCGCUUCACGCAGAGGAAGAUGUUUCUGCCGGACCACCAGCGUUGGACGCGCUCCGAGUUCGUCGACGACGCUAUGCCAGCUGUCUCGCCAAACGCUGAUCUUGCAGCUGUCGCUCUGCGAAUGCGUGGUACCACCAACAUCUGGGUCUACGAAGUGCCUGGAUGGGAGUACAAACCGAGUGAGAAAAACAAAGGUCAGGCGCCCAUUCAGCCCUGCUUUUGUAUUCCCAUACCGAAGCUUGGUGUUGGUGCUUAUCAGGAAAUUUGCGUGUUGCGGUGGGUCAAGGUUGGCAGCACCAUACAGCGGCUCAUCGCAGUAGGAAACUCGAGCAUCGUGCCAACAGAGAGCGAUGUACCCGAUGUGGCAAUGGGCUCCAAGGGUGUCAUCAUUGUGCUUGACUUCGACAAGACCAAGCCUGCUGAUGGUGCUGUGCCGGUCGUCUCGAGAACGGAGUAUGAUUUGGACCCGCUGUGCCCCGGCGAAGUGCUGCCCGAGGGCUCCAUCGACUUCAAUCAGGAAGUCGAGCUCAUGAGAACGAGGACCCUGGCACAGCGCAGGGCGCAGGAUCGUGCGGGUGGUGCACGGCGAAGCUCGAGAAGUGGUGCUUCAUCGAUUCAGCGCUCACGUACAACAACCGACCAGGUCACCAUAUCCAGGCCACCACCCAUGGCAGACGAAGAAGAGUUGACUGCGGAAGAAGCUCAGGCUGCCUUUGAGAUGCCAUACGACAACCAACAGCCAAGGUCGCAGAUGUCCCUGGCGAGAGCUGCGACUGUGGCAGCCGUUUCCCCUGCAAAUCGCCGACACCUGCGAGCGCUGCCCUUCCGUCCGCUUGAUUAUCAUCGCGCUGACGGUUCUGGUCAACGAGAGAUACCCCACGAGAGCGAUGCCGACAACUGGGUUCCGCCUCCGCCGGCGUACACGGCGAAGGCCGAGGAGGCUGCCAGUGUUAGUCUGAGCCACCCGACUCCUCCACUAUCAGCAGGUCGAUCAAGUCGGGCUUCGAUUUCGAGAUCAGGCGUGCCUCCUGUGCCUCCGCUUCCUACCAUGUCCGCGACGGUGAACCCCUCACAGCUUUCGUCAACAGGACCCUAUCAGAAUCGAGGCCAGUCUUUCUCGUCCACAGAUCUGUCGAUACGGCGACCGUCGCUCAUUCACCCUACUACGUACCCCAGUCCAUUAUCGUCCGAUUCGAUACGAAGACGUGGAUCCGCAGCUCACUCUCCACCACAUACCCACAUGUCCCCUCACCCACCAAGCUCAACGGCACUCCCAAUACGACGCCCCUCAAUGCUGGCCCGUCGCGCAGUGGAAAGCACAAAUGACAUCCGUCCACCGCCCGCCCUCGACCCAGACUUCCACCGUCGCGGCUCCGCACCCGGCGCACCCCUCGCCGCGCCUGUUCAGCGCCGCCCCGUCCCCUCAUCGCAGGAUCGGCCUCUCCCUCCCAACCCCCCUCUCAACCCCACCAGCACACCGGUCCCGCGCCAUCCCGCAUCACCGCCAGCCCACGACCAUGCGAUGCGCAACAUGCUUCCGCGCCUCGUGUCUCCCGCCACAGUACCGCAGGGCAGCUACGGCCCCCCGAUGAGCGCCCCGCCAAGAACUGACGCGUAUCUGACGGCGCAGACGCAGAUGCACGGGCAAAUGCAAGCACAGGCGCAGAGCGCGGCGCCGCGGUUAAGUGGGCGAACAGGGAUCAGGGAGUCCAGCGGUGCGAAGAAGAAAGAGGAAGGCAAGGGAAGGAAGAGACUAGGUUGUGCGAUUAUGUGA